AACGAGGUGGGGGUGGAGUGGAUUGGGGGUUGCCCCCUCGCUGGACGCGGAGCUGACAGCUCCGUGGGAAAGCGGCUGAGAUUCGGAGCUGAGAGACUUUUUAGAGAGGAGGAGGAGGAGAGAGCGACACGAAGCGAGACGGAGCCAGAGGGAGGAGGAGGAGAAGCUGCUCGCGCGUGAUCUUGAGCAGAGUCGCGGCAGAGUCGCAAGCGAGAUGACUUUGAGUGAAUAGAGAUAUCGCGAAGCAGCAGCAGCGGCAGCAGCGGCAGCAGCACCGCGCGUUUGUUUGUUUUCGAACGGGGAUGGGAGGGGGGUACGGGUACGGGCAGUUUUAGGUGGGCGUGGGACAGAACAGGGAUUGUUAUUUUUAUGACUCCGAGAGGCGAGACGGGGCCUGGAGACACGCGAGCGAGUCCCGAACGAGAGAGAGAAAAGACUUCUUCCUCCUGCUGCUGCAGCUCUUCAUCACGCCGGAUGUAUCUUGUUGCCGACUGAGGGAGGAGAUAACUGACGGAGAGAGAAUUUAGAUAGACAGAUAGAUCUAUACAUAAAGACAGCGAGAUAUAUCUAGAGACAAAGAGACACAAAUCUAUUCGCGGAGACGCGGGCAUAAUACGUAGAUGCAUGGAUGAAUUGCGAAACAAUACACGUAUAGGUGAUGAAGAUACAUGAACGGGUGUGUUGAUUGAUAACGUGAGAGAGGGAGAGCGGGUGGAAGUCCCAAGGGCGACGAGAGACACGAGGAGCGCUCUCGUCGCGAGAAGACGAAGACGAGGAGGAGCAGGAGGAUGAAGCGCACGUGCGAUGGGGGAAGCUCCUCUGAGAGCGACCUCGAGGAGGGCAUCGACGUGGAGGGAGACGACUUGGAGUCCAAGCACGAGUUCGACUCCCCUGGCAAGAGCGGUUCCUGCAGCACCCAGCACAUGGCAAGGAAGCGGCGGCGAGGGAUAAUCGAGAAGAGGAGGAGGGAUCGCAUCAACAGCAGCCUUGCCGAGCUGCGACGCCUCGUGCCCAGCGCCCUCGAGAAGCAGGGUUCGGCAAAAUUGGAGAAAGCCGAGAUCCUUCAGAUGACGGUGGAACACCUGCGGAUGUUGCGUUCACCUGGCGGGAAAGGGUUCCACGAUCCGUUCUCCUUCGCCAUGGAUUACCGCAGCAUGGGCUUCCGUGAGUGCCUUUCCGAGGUGGCGCGCUUCCUCACCGUGGCCGACGGCGCCAGCGCCAGCCGUGCCGACCCCCUCAACUGCCGCCUGCUGUCCCACCUGCACAGCUAUGCUGUGCAGCGCGAGGCGCACCUAUCCCAGAGCCAGCAACAGCAGCAGCAGACGGCGCUCAUCCCCGCGGCGACACCGUGGGCGAUGCCGUUCCACCAGCUGCUGGGCGCCGCGCACCGCCUCGCCCGCGUGCAGCAGCAGCAGCUGGGCCCCGCCGGCGCCCUGCAGCAGCCGUUGGGGCCCCGCGCGGGGGCCCUGCCACCGCUGCCCCUGCACGGGGUCCCGCUGCUGGGCGCCGCCUUCCCCCUGCCCGGAGCCACUGCAGCCGGCGCCGCCACCGGCCCCGCGCAGAGGCGAGCGCUGGUUUCUCGCGAGCAGAAAGCACUCGGUUGUAGCCGGUAGCUACCCGCCGGGGACAGCGUCCAUGCGUGCGUGUGUGCGCGUGUGUGUAAUUGCUGGGGGAGCGGUGGUGUAGCGGUUGGCGCUCUGUGCUACAAACGCAGCGACCUGAAUUUGAUUCCCGCUCACAGCCAAGACCAGUAACGAUUUUCUGAACCGGUCCUAGGCUUCCCCUAAUUCGACCCAGCCUCAAAUGAGUACCUGUUGUGGUGUGUACACGUCGCCACUAGAGAGACAAAGGCGGCCAGGCGUGGUCCUGGCCACCUACUCUCUCGUGUGCCGUGACGGCCUUCAUAGGUGCUGCUCGCUAACAACACUUGCCCUUAAAUUCUGUUAAGAUUAUACGGGGAUCUUUGGCUUUGUACAUACGAGAGAGAUAGAGAUAUAUAAUCGAGGGCGGUGGCACGGCAGUUGGUGCACUGCGGUAACUAUCCUAGCGGCCUGGGUUCGAUUCCCGGCCGUGGGUGCCGUUGGUCUCACCCCACAGUUGGCUCGGUUUUAAAUGAGUUGCCAUGACCCCGUGUUAGUGUGCUUCACCUACAUCGGCAAUGGGGAGACAAAGGUGUCCGGGUGUUGUGCUGGCCACAGCCACCCCUCUAGUGGUGCUCGCUAACACCACGAAUCCCCCCACAGUCUGCGCGGCUCAGCGAGGGAGGCGUUACCCGUUUGCUUGUCUCUGUGUAAAUAUCACAUGGCGAGCGAUCGCCAUAACGCGAGACCUGAGGGAGGUGUGGGUCCCGUUCGGAGGCGUGCGGCACGGCACGGCUGAGAACCUUAUCGGCGGCUGCGUCACGGGCGCAGUUUGCCGACUCCGCAGUGACCUCGGCCAGCGCGUUCGCACACGCAAAGAGACACCCGCGGUCGAACGCCAAUCCCCGCUGUCGACGUUACCGACGCCGCUCAGCUGUGCUGGCGUGCAGUGCGCCGGCACUCGCACGACUCACGCAGUGAGUCAGCCAGGGUCGCAGAGGUUGCGCUACGCCUUGCACGCUUCAAUGUUCUCUCGCGCGCGCGAUCAUUAACACAGCACGCUUCGGAACGCGCGUACACGCACGCACGUACACGCGCACACGCGCCUGCCCAAUCACGGAUAAAGUGGAUGCUCAAAAAACUGAAACGUCAGGUCGCUGAGGUCACGAUGCUCGGCAUGAGAUGCUGUCAAGUUUCAAGUGAAUGUUGUUUAACCCCGGGUGAGAAGACACAACCGGGGGGCCACGUUGUUGGCACUCGGGGCUUCAUUUUGUCUGGGCCAGUCCGGGUCGGCGAAUCAGAAAACAUUUCCUGUACCCGGCACACCGCAUCCAAAUGCGGGUUCAUCGUGCAAGCUCCUCCAGCGUGCCCACGACUAGGAGAAUAUUCAGUGAGGAGUCAACCCUGGCUGCACUCGAAGAAAGUACGAGGCGUCAACGGGAAGGGAUCGUCCGCCGAGAGAUGCCUCGUUAAUGACCUGUGAGAGUUACCUCUGAGAGACGGCUCGUGAGAGUGACUCGUGAGUGACUUGUGAGAGAUGAUCAGAGUGGCCAGUGAGAGGGACCCGUGGACACACGUGCACGCUAUGCGCGGCGAUGAACUCGUACGUAGGGCCCAGAAGUGGAUCCGGAUGCAUCCCAAGGUCGGGGGGGUCGGGGGGGGAUGGAGGCGCGGGGAGUGGCGGGUGGGGUCCCGAAAUUUUAAGAUUUUAAACAGGGCCCCCUUUACAUUAAAAAAAACACAAAAUGAAA